AUGCUCAUCUCUAACACCAAGGCUCAUCCAGAACGUGGCCACUUCUCCCCGGAUCCGACUCCCUUUUGUCAUCCUGCUCUGAAUCCCUCUCAUCUCUGCCGAGAUGACCUCAGAAGUCUCCACACCAGCGUCAUAUUUCUGUGCUUGCUCAGCACUGUCCAGUCUCAACAGAGCAGUCAGAGUGAUCCUGUUAAGACUGACAACUUCACUUUGUACCUGUACAUGAGUCUAGCUGCAGGGAGCUUGGGGAAUUUGAGGCGCCUGUCCUCUACUCCACCCCAGACUUUGGCCCCAACUCCAAACUUACCGGUGACUACAGAUCCAGCUCUGACUCCUUGGACAGCUCCCCUGACAGCCUCUUGGGCAGAAGGCGGUCCUGUGUCCCAGUCGUUUUCCAAUUUCACGGGCUCCGUGGAUGACCGCGGCACCUGCCAGUGCUCCGUGUCCCUGCCAGACACCGUCUUUCCCGUGGAAAGAGUGGAACGCUUGGAAUUCACAGCUCACAUCCUUUCCGAGAAGUUCGAGAAGGAGCUUUCUAAAGUGAAGGAAUAUGCCCAAUUAAUCAGUGUAUAUGAAAAGAAACUCUUCAACCUAACUGUCCGGAUUGAGAUCAUGGAAAAGGAUACUAUUUCUUACACUGAACUUGACUUUGAGCUGAUCAAGAUAGAAGUAAAGGAGAUGGAGAAACUGAUCAUACAGCUGAAGAAGAGUUUUGUGGGAAGCACACACAUUGUUGACCAGUUGGAAGUGGAGAUAAGGAAUAUGACUCUCCUGGUAGAGAAGCUCGAGACGCUAGAUGCAAACAAUGUCCUUGUCAUUCGCCGAGAAAUCCUGGCUCUGAAGAAGAAGCUGAAGGAAUGUGAGGCCGCUAGAGAUGAGCACCUUCCCGCCACUGCCCCUCCCCCUGCUCCGGGGAGCUGUGGUCACGGUGGUGUAUUGAACAUCAGCAAACCAUCUAUAGUUCAGCUCAACUGGCAAGGGUUUUCCUAUAAGUUUGGUGCCUGGGGUCGGGAUUAUUCUCCCCAGCACCCAGACCAAGGACUGUAUUGGGUGGCACCUUUAAAUACAGAUGCGAGAGUGUUGGAAUACUACAGACUCUAUAACACACUGGAUGAUUUGCUACUGUAUAAAUAUGCACGGCAGUCUCGGAUUACUUAUGGCCAAGGCAGUGGUAUGGCUGUUUACAACAACAACAUGUAUGUCAACUGGUACAACACCGGAAACAUUGCCAGAGUUAACCUGACCACCAAUACAGUUGCUGUGACUCAAAAUCUCCCUGGUGCUGCCUAUAAUAACCGUUUUUCAUACGCUAAUGUUGCUUGGCAAGAUAUUGACUUUGCUGUGGAUGAGCAUGGAUUGUGGGUGAUUUAUUCAACUGAAGCCAGUACUGGUAACAUGGUGAUUAGUAAACUCAAUGACACCACACUUCAGGUGCUAAACACUUGGUUUACCAAGCAGUAUAAACCAUCAGUUUCUAACGCCUUCAUGGUUUGUGGGGUUCUAUAUGCCACCCGUACUCUGAACACCAGAGCCGAAGAGAUUUUUUACUACUAUGACACAAACACACAAAAAGAGGGCCAGCUUCAGAUUCCAAUGCAUAAGGUACAGGAAAGAGUGCAGAGCAUUAACUAUCACCCUUUUGACCAAAAACUUUUCGUUUAUAACGAUGGUUACCUCGUGACUUAUGACCUUAAUUUCUUACAGAAACCCCGGAAAAUUGUUUAG